GCUCCGUUGCCGGCUUCCCGAGCAAGAAAAGUGACGGCCGCGAAAUGGACAUCAUAAUCGCCGACGGCGGCGGAGAGGAGCUGAAUACUUUCGAAGAAGCUGAUUCUGUUACAGUGAUCAGUCUCGGCAAUCAGAAACCAUUCAUAUCCUCUUCUCCUCCUCCCUCACCGUCAAUUUCCUCGUCCUCGAUCUCCUCCACAUCGGAGAGUGUCCUCGCCGUUUCAUCAUCUGAGCCGGUGAUUGAUUCUCGAUCCAACGGUGAGGAGGAGGAGGAGGACUUUGACUGGGUGGCUGUAGAAAGAGAGGCUGUAAAAAGAGAGGCUGAUGUAAUUAAGGAUAAAGCUCCGGAAAUUGACGAAGUUGAGAAUGCUUUCUCUGCGCUUCAACUGAUGUUCGAUGAUGAUGAUAAAGACCAAGUUUCAGAGUCGGAGUUUGUAGAUUGGAUUGAGCCUCCAUUGCAGCUCUACAAUACCAGACUUGUACAGCCUUAUAUGCUGGACAGAUUCUAUGACGCCUUUCAUAUGUUUCAGACCGACCCAUCAGUUCAGAGAAUGGUUAUGUCAUUGGCUUCAGACAGGGCUGUUUGGGACGCGGUGAUGAACAAUGAGGUUGUCCGAGAGCUCAUAACCAACGCUGAAGCGUCCAAAGAAGACUCUGUUUCAGAUGCGAGUUUCAUAAGGAGGUUGUUUGAGAGAAGUGCCAUCAAAAUCAUGGACGCAAUGGAGAGAGUCACAAAGUAUGUCACUGACCUCUUCAAUGCUGGUGUUCCUGGAGAUGAGACGGUUGUGUUAGCCACAGGUGCUGCACCAGUGAUGGAGAAGCUACAAUCAACGGUUCUGCUCACCGUCCUUGUCCUGCUUAUCGUUUUAGUAACUCGUGUCACAAGAGCUAGAUAGGAAGUUUUCACAAAGGAUUCAGUACACGAUACUGGCCAAACAAUGAUCUCACAUUUCAGGGCCUGCGUUACAAUUGUAAGUGCGAUCUCUGCAGCUGAAAACCGCGGCAGAAUUAUGGUGAUACAUGUGCUACUCUAAUGUAAUAAGAAAGCAGUAAUUUCAAGAACAAUGUACGUAUGUCAUUUGAAAUAUAAAGUUCA